AUGAAGCUCGUGCUAGCGCCAACAAUAGCCAUUUGGCUAUUGGCCGCAUGUGCGGCAGCGUCUGGCCCAACCAAGAUAUACAUCGACUCAGUGCCGGAAUACAACCUUCUUCAAUCUUGCGCAGAGCAUCAAGUCUCUCUGGUUUACGGCUGCGGAGAUGGGUCCAAAACGACGUCGUAUGCUUGUUUCUGCUAUCAGUCUUCCGCAUACUACAGUCGCAUGAUAAGCACAAAAGUAACUUCAGCUUGCUCCAAGACUCGUGGACAAGAUAGCAGCGCGGUCGAGGUCUUCAGCAAAUACUGUCAGUUGGCGGAACUUGAGGAAGUCACGACAACAGGUGGGUGCUGCCAUAGCAAAGGGAGUACCACUAUCUCACAGCAAACUCCAGACUCCGCACUCUCCGAAACCACCUCCUCCUCAUCAUCAAUCCAAAGCACAUCACAACCUUCUCCAGCAUUAACACCCGCAAGAACCACACCCUCGCCAACAAACACCCCCAGCUCCCAGACGAGCGAUCCGCUUCCACCCCAACCCGAGCCUGAGAAGAAUGACAACACCGCCGCCAUCGCCGCCGGCGUCACUGUACCCGUCGUUCUCAUCGCAUUAGGCCUACUCGGCUUCCUUCUGUACCGCCAUCGUCAGAAACACAAUCCUCAUGCUGAACUCGCGGCUUCUGCACAAGUGACUGAAGUCUCUGGAGCACCCACAGUCUACGGAAAAGACACGUAUGGGCAUGCGGAGUUGGAGGGUGGCCGUCCGCAAGAGCUGGAUCCAGGCAGUGCACGAGGGGAGCUGGCUGCAUCGCCAGGGGCAAGCCGAGAUAGGAAGAUUGAGCGGCUUCUAGGGAAUGGGAGCGGACCUUGAAAGGAUGACUUGUGGUUGUCUAAGGUGCAACAAAUGAUGGAUAGGAUCGACUUCAAGUUUCCUUGGCUCGUUGGUGGCAAGAUCAGAUACGGACAUUGUCAGAUGAA